AUGGUUGAGCAAACCCAUUACCGAGCCCAGCCGUGCUCUGGCACCAACCCCAGGAAAUGCCAGGACCUAGGAGACUCAAUUCUUCUGUUCCUGGGCAGCUUCAUCUUGAUCAACGUGGGGAUCAACGUGGUGACUCUGCUCUGGAGGCAUCUGAAGAGCUCCUUGUGGACACUUUUCCGUCAUAUUUUCCCCAAAGACAAGCAAGCCAGCUGUGUAGGCAGCCAUCGCAUGUGCAUGCGCUGCUCCGUGGAUCCCAAGAACCUGUGCUCAAGAGUUUCUUCCCGCUUCCGCCAUCGCCCAAGCUUCCUGCUUGGGCAAGAGACAUCUUCCAAGCUCCGCAGGAUGAGCAAGGUGGACGUGCUUCCACUCCGCCUGCCCCAAGAGAGCAAGACAAAGACCCCAGACUAUGACCCAGCCCAGGCCCCAGCCCGGGCCCAGACCCCCGAGAGCUGCUCCCGAGGCCACGCCCAUGAGCACACUUCCGCCCAGGCCCAGGCCUUCUCCCCAGUGGACCCCACUGGGCGCACACCUGCCAAGGCCCAGACCUUCCCCUCUACCCACCCCUCUGAGCAUGCCCCACCUCAGGCCCAGACUUGCUCCACGUUCCACCCCCCUGAGCACACCACCCCCCAGGCCCAGACCCCCUCCCCAGCCCUCACCCCUGAGCGCAGCCCUGCCCAGGUCCAUGUGCUGGUCAUGGCCCUGACGACCACUCCAGUCCCUUCCACCACCCCUAUCCCCAUGCUAGCUUCUAUUCCCUCUACCUUGUCUUCCUUCAGCCAAGGCCUCUCCUCCGGCCAGGUGGUCUACGAUGCCCGCAGGUUAAAGCAGAACUUAUUCCAUGUGUGUCCCCCUCAGAAAUCUGGGUACUUCAGAAAGGACUUGGCUAGCCCCAGGAGGCUCGUAGCCACUAGUGGACCGGUCCGCUGGCCUCAGAGUCAGCACCAGAGUACCUGGUGCCCGGCGGCGGCGGCACAGAGCGGCCGGGCGCCUCCGGAUGGCAGCUCUGCUUCGCCCGCCAAGAGCUGGCGCUGGCCGUUCCCCUGCUGCAAGCGCACGCGGCGGCCCUGGCGCUGCUGCGCCCUCUGGUGGCCAGUACUAGGGUUGCGGCGCCCUAUCUCCUGCGGACGUGACCCUGGAGAGAAGAUGGGGCUCUCGAUCUUUGCCCUGCUGACCCUUACUGUGUUCCUGCUGCUGCUGGCAGACAAAGUGCCUGAGACCUCCCUGUCUGUCCCCAUCAUUAUCAAAUACCUCAUGUUUACCAUGGUCCUCGUCACCUUCUCAGUCAUCCUUAGCGUCGUAGUCCUCCACCUGCACCAUCGCUCACCCUACACCCACCAAAUGCCCCUUUGGGUCCGUCAGAUCUUUAUCCACAAACUCCCUCUGUAUCUGGGUCUGAAGAGACCCAAGAAUGAGAGAGACCAGAUACCGGAGCCACCUCCUAUGCCUCUCAGGGAUUCUCCAGGAAGUGGCUGGGGUCGGGGAACAGAUGAAUAUUUCAUCCGCAAGCCACCAAAUGAUUUUCUCUUCCCCAAACCCAACAGGUUCCAGCCUGAACUGUCUGCCCCGGAGCUGCGGCGAUUUAUCGAUGGUCCAAACCGGGCUGUGGGGCUGCCUCCUACAGGGGAGGAAACGACCCGGGAGGUCGUUUCCUCAAUCAGCUACAUCGCUCAACAGCUGCAGGAACAGGAGGACCACGACGCGCUGAAGGAGGACUGGCAGUUUGUGGCCAUGGUGGUGGACCGCCUCUUCCUGUGGACCUUCAUCAUCUUCACGAGCGUCGGGACCCUCGUCAUCUUUCUGGACGCCACGUACCACUUGCCCCCUCCCGACCCCUUUCCUUGAGGACGAGAGGGCCGAGACCGAGGUCCUCGGCCAGUUGAAUUGAGAGUUAGUUUGGUAGUACUCUCAAGCCCUAUCCCUUUCUGCAUCUUAACUCCUUCACUAGGAGUCCAAUCCUCUCAUCAUUUCGUUUCUAGGGAGGAAGCCCAAGUGGGACUGGGCAGAUGGGGGCCUUGGGCCCACCUGAAAUGCACUAUCCGCUUAUUUACUCUUUGGCUUCUUGAAGAAGCUCCAUUGGAUAUUCACACCUAGGUUGGCAAUGAAUGGAACAAAGAACAAGCGCUAGCUUGUAAGCCUUCUGAGGGCAGGAACUAUGUCUGUUCACUGUAAUAUCCCCAGCACCUAGCACAGAUCCUAACCUAUAUGGCCGCUACCUCUGGUUGAAUGAAUAGGGAAAUUUUUUUCUGUAAGGAAAUACACUAAUAUCGCUUAUAUUUGCA